AUGGAUCCUAGACUAGAGCGGCACCAGAGGGAAGAGGGAUGUGCUACUCACUUUCCGCUUGUAAGUAGUAGCCAGAUCACUUCAGGAGAGUUUUCACAACAAGCCACACGUAUCCAGAACCGUUACACAACCGAGAGUGCUUCCAGCAUCUUAGCAAGGUUUGGCUUAUCUAAUGAAGACUUGGAGGAACUUAGUCGGUAUCCGGAUGAUCAGCUGACACCAGAAAACAUGCCUUUAAUUUUGAGGGACAUCCGAAUGCGCAAAAUGACUCAUCAGUUACCAAGUUUACCUUCUCAGAGCAGAGAAAAGGAAAUGUUUCACAGUGACGAUGGUCGUGGUAGCAUGGUGAAGUGCAAGGUAAUUGACUACGGGCAUAAAAGCAAAUAUAAAUAUACUGAAACUCUUCCUGAGGUCAAAGACUAUAAUUCUGAUGCAUCAACUGAGGGGAACAUGAAAGGAUUUCCAACACAGCAGACGACUCUUAUGUCUUCGGCGCCCUCUGGUGUAACCAGUAGUCAAAUGAAGGCGGUAGAAGAGCUGUUACAAAAGAUGGGAUUCCAGAGAAGCACAUCAAGUACGCAGUCCUUUUCCCCCCUGGAUGCUUCCAACAAGGGGCCAGGGCUAGGCCUCCCUCCAGCAGGAGCCGAGAUACCACCUGAACCUGCCAGUGGCCAGAAGAAAAUCCAUGAGAAACCUCAGCAUCCUAUUGAGUCACCUUUUGUUGUGGUGAAAGCCUCUUGGCUUCCAGUUUUUUCACAGGCAGAUGUCCAGAAGCUGAAGAGAUUGCCAACUCCGUCGAUGAUGAAUGAUUACUAUGCUGCAUCUCCAAGAAUAUUUCCACAUGUGUGUUCUCUGUGUAAUGUAGAAUGUGAACAGUUGAAGGUGAGUCACCCCCCCCCAAUUACAUACAUUUGUACACAAUGUGUUCUAUGUACUGGGUUUAAUUGACUUCUGGAUAUCUGUAGAUUUUAUUCCCGUAAAAUGUCCAACAAUCAAGAAGCUUGGGAAUAAAUACUGUGUGUGUCUGAUUUGCACAAUCUGACUGGCUAUUUCUGCAGGUUUCACCUGUAAAAGCUGCCUUAUGAUAAACAAGUUCUCAAUUGACUUUGGAUUCCCAGUUCCCUCUACUGCUUCCUCUGUCUAUAAUUAAACUUGCUCUAGUAGCUUCUGGGAUCAAAGGAAGUUGGACUUAAAGUAGUCAGUGGAUUAAGGUUGCAGUCCAGUCAGAUACAUUGGUAAAGAAAGCAUUAUAGCGUUAGAAUGUAACAUACUGUAGCACCCUGCUUGUGGUUAACGCUUAGCUGGAAUGAAAUAUUCAACGCAGCAAUAGAGAAAUUAAAAUAAUAAUUUAUCUGUCAGACAAAUAAAUGAGAGACACAGUGGUAUAUGGUUACCAAAGCUCUGCCCAUUCCAGCCCUGAUGGCCAGCACUUAUAUUUCCUCAGCCCAGCCCCCUUGCUCCUCCUUUGGCUGCCUCUGUCCAAUCAGCCUGGUUGAAAUUCCUAUUGGCUGUUUGCUAGAACCAAUCAUAAAAGACACACCCAUUUCCUAUUACCUUUUAUGGGAGACAAAGAGCUAUAUUUCCUUCUAUCCAUAAAUGGCAGACAAGUAGCCAUAUAUUUUAUAUUUGCCUCGACCAGGCACCUUAAUUACCAGAUCACCUUUUGCCCUAUUGCCCUAUUGCCCUAUUCACUCCAAAACAGAUGGCUAAAACAGAUGGCUCAUGGUUUUAAAUUUUGUCUAAACAGAGAUCUUGGGUUCACAUUCUCACACACCAUCAAUGAAAUAAGAAUCUAACAUAAGAAUCUAACAUUUCUUACUUUCUAAAUCCUUUGCAUAAUUACAUUAAGCCAAUAUAUUUCAUACAUUAACAUAGAUAGAUUUUUAGAAGGAAAGGAACAGUUUCAAAGUAAAAAGGAAACAGCUUCAGAGAGAAGCCUCUUCAGUUUACAACUCCCUUUCCCAGCCAGCUGCUGUUCCUAUUAGCUCUUGCCCUUUAACCUUAUGAAAAUAUGGCUCGAGUCUAAUGGGAGGCACCUGGUAUUAUUUUCUAAUAAACAAUAAAUUUUGCUAUUUACCAACUCUUAAUUAGUGUUUUUGCAGCUUGAUUGUCAGUAUGGUCAGUAUGACCUUUGCUCCCAGCCUGUAAUUCCCUUUUACAACUUUGAGGUACUGCUAUAAAUCAGGGGGGCCCUGUUCAAGGAGAUAAACAACUGCCAAAGUACUUAGCCAGCUGCUUUAUGCCUGGCAUAAAACAUACAAACAUUUACAAAUAUAUUUUUUAAGCUCAUUUUAAAAUGCAGGCCUUGAUCUGAUGAUAGAAGACUUUGAGCUGCUGUUGUCUGUUUGAAUAUUAAAUGCAUUGCACAGUAUUGAACAUUGUCCAGUGUUAAACUCAUACACAGGAUUGAAGGGCAGGUGAGUGUGUUUCUACUCUGCUGUAGAAACUCAGAUAUAUAAGCUAGGUGACAAAUGGCUUCUUAAACCAAGGUGUCAGUUGCCAAAAUGGAAUGUCUAGUUGCCAUUUUGGGGCCAGAUGGAUCUAAAGUCUUAUUUUUCAAAUGAUGGACUAACUCUAAUUGAUUCUCAGUUAAACAUCUGGCUAGUUCAAGUAACAACCUUGAGCUAGGUUAAGAACUUAAAGAAGAUAAAUCACUUGGUGCAGGGACAUUCCACAUAUAUACCGGCCUAUUCCUACCUCCUUUUCUGAAUGGUGUCACGGACCAAAAUAUAACUGAUAGAAUUCUACAGGAUGUGGUGUUAGUGUGUGAAAACUAUUGUGAUCCAAGGAUCCCCAGGCAUGCACAUCCAGGUUGUGGAGACGUCAGGCGCCAUUCUGGCACCCAGGCAUCUCCACUUGGUUGUAAGUGUCUGAUAGCCAGGUGCAAAAUGUGCUUGGCCCCUGGUUAGUUUUGAGCACUGCCACGGACUCUCAUGACCUCAAAUGAUGAGAUUAUGCAGUUUUAUAGAUGGAAGCCCCAUCAGUGGGUAUUGGGCAUAUCACUAAGUGGAACUUAGUGUUUUAUUUUUAUAAAAAAUGUAUAUACCGCUAUGUUUUUUUUAAAAAAAAUAGUUGUUGCUGGGAGUAGCAGCAGCAGAGGAGGGCCCUUCUGUGGGUUUCUCAGAAGCAUCUGGUGGACUGCUGCAGGAGAAGGGAUGCUGGACUAGGUGAUGCAUUGUUCUCAUCCAACAGCCAGGCUUUUUUGUUUUCUCAUGCUGAUUUCUUCCCUCCCUCCUGUAGGGCUGGAACCUGCAUGUGCGCACUGCUGCACACUCCGAGAAAUGUGAUGAGCUACGCCAACGGUAAGGCCUUUCAUUUUAAUUUAUUGGGAAUAGAUUGAGGAUUUGAAAUGGUUUGAAAAUGACUUCCUGGAUACCUCAGGGCUUUGCUAAAAGCAGCAGAGCCAUUGCUUACAUGCCUUGCCACAAACCUCAGCCAAGGAAGUUGUGGGAGCUCACCUUUGAAGGAACGGUGCCUGCUCUAGUUUCUGUUCUGCAUGAAUUUGUAUAAGUGGUCUGUAGGCCGAUUGUGGAGCUGAACCAGGGAAGAAGGCAGAAGCUCAGAGGCAUCUCAUCUUGCAUUCUGUGGCUUUUAGAUGUCUGUGGAGCAUGAGCAGAGUUUUAUGAGGUGUGGCUUCAGGACAAACCAGUUCUUGGAGGAGCUGGGACCUGAAUCUCAUGCCAGAGAGCUUUUGGAAUACUGGGUCCAAGAGUCAGGUUACCCUCAUGGAAUCACCUUUAAACAUCCCCAGAAGAUCAGUAGUAAAAGAUCAAUAAUUUGGACAAAAGGGAGAGAAAUACUUGACAGUUUUAGAAACUUGCCUGAAUGAUAAUGGAAUGGAGUACAUGUACUGUGUCAAAGGAAUAACACAGCUGUUUUGCUGGCUUUUCUUGAAACAGGCAUCCUGAGUGGAAUCCAGAAGAAUGCUCUUCGUUACAGAGGUAACCUUUCUUUUUUUUUUUAAAAUGAUAUUUAUUGAAGUUUCACAUGAAAAGAGACACAUUAAUAAAAAAAAAUUUAAAAAGAAAAAGAAAAAUACACAAUACAAAAUACAAAAAGAAAAAAGAAAAAACAGUUAAAAACAAUUCCAUCUUUUCAUCACUACUUUUACAUUUACUUAUUUCCCGGACCUCCUCAUACCUCCCAGUGUGGUGUAGUGGUUAAGAGCGGUAGUCUUGUAAUCUGGGGAACCGAGUUCGUGUCUCCACUCCUCCACAUGCAGCUGCUGGGUGACCUUGGGCCAGUCACACUUCUUUGAAGUCUCUCAGCCCCACUCACCUCACAGAGUGUUUGUUGUGGGGGAGGAAGGGAAAGGAGAAUGUUAGCCGCUUUGAGACUCCUUAAAGGGAGUGAAAGGCGGGAUAUCAAAUCCAAACUCUUCUUCUUCUUCUCUUUUGUAUUCCAAUUCAGUUUGUUUGUCUAGCAAUUCCUUUCCCUCCUUUUUAAUCCCAAUCCUUAAUCUUAAUAUAAUAUAACAUUUAAUUUUUACCUAUUAAAAACCAAUUUUCCAUUCUUUUAACCUUUUUAAUCCUAAUCCUUAAUCUUGAUCUGUAUAUAACUUUAAAGCCUGUACAGCAAGAAGCCACUUCAUUUCAAUCCAACAUCACUCUAACAUUCUUUAAUUUUGCAAUAUUUCUGUAAGUAAUCUUUGAAUUUCUUCCAAUCUUCUUCCACCGACUCUUCUCCCUGGUCACGGAUUCUGCCAGUCAUUUCCGCCAAUUCCAUAUAGUCCAUCAAUUUCAUCUGCCAUUCCUCCAGUGUGGGUAGCUCUUUUGUCUUCCAAUACUUUGCGAUGAGUAUUCUUGCUGCUGUUGUUGCAUACAUAAAGAAAGUUCUAUCAUUUGUUAACACCGAUGUGCCGACUAUGCCCAGGAGAAAGGCCUCUGGUUUCUUCAAGAAGGUAUAUUUAAAUACCUUUUUUAAUUCAUUAUAUAUCAUCUCCCAGAAAGCCUUAAUCUUUGGGCACGUCCACCAAAGGUGAAAAAUGUACCUUCAGUUUCUUUACAUUUCCAACAUUUAUUAUCAGGCAAAUGGUAGAUUUUUGCAAUCUUGACUGGGGUUAUGUACCACCUGUAUAUCAUUUUCAUAAUAUUUUUUUUAAGGCAUUACAUGCCGUAAAUUUCAUACCUGUGGUCCACAACUGUUCCCAGUCAGCAAACAUAAUGUUAUGUCCAACGUCUUGUGCCCAUUUAAUCAUAGCAGAUUUCACCGUUUCAUCCUGAGUGUUCCAUUUCAGCAGCAAGCUAUACAUUCUUGACAAAUUCUUAGUUUUGGGUUCUAACAGUUCUGUUUCUAAUUUUGAUUUUUCCACCUGGAAGCCAAUUUUCUUGUCCAAAUUGUAUGCCUCCAUUAUCUGAUAAUAAUGAAGCCAGUCUCGCACUUUGUUUCGUUACAGAGGUAACCUUUCAAUCUCAACAUGAAUACUCAGUAAUGAGAAUUAGGCUGCAGUAAUUUCAUCCCUGACAGUAACCCCCCCACCUCACACACCCCCGGGAUAAUAUUUUCCGCCCUAGGUUACUGGUUGUCACUGACCAGUAUAUGUAGGAGCUGCUUAACUCAGACUUAACAGUGAUCGGGCGGGCGGGGGGGAGAAUUUUCUUUUUUAUAUAUAUAUAUAAAAUUUCUUUUUAUUAUUAUUAAUAAGUUUUUAUUGUUAAAAUAGUUCAUCAUUAAUACACAUAUACAAGCAUACAAACAUACAUUUCAUACAAUCCUUAAAAGUGUUCAAACAUACUUACACUCAAUCCCACAAAUAAUUCCUUUCCCCAUCACCAUCCACCACCCCUCACCCCACCUUUGUGUUUGACUUCCAAUCUACUCAAUUACAAUUUCUUUCCACUUCUAUUACUUUCUUUCACACACCUUUAGCCUAAUUUCAUACUUCUUUUUCUAUUACACAUUGUUAUCCAUCUUAUUUGAUAUUUCAGUAUUUGAAAUGGAACUUGUUUAUUCUAAUAGGAGUUCUGAUUUUUCGAUAUGAUUUUGCAAGUAUCUUUUAAACACCUUCCAGUCCCUAUCUAUCUUUUCUUUUGAAAUGCUUCCAAUUUCUUCCAUUGUUUUGGAUAUGUUGUAAUACUCCAAUAAUUUGGCAAGCCACUCUGUUUUUGUCGGUAUUAUACCACUUUUCCAGUUUUUCGCAAUCAAUAGCCUUGCUGCUACUGUUGCGUAUAAAUAUAAGGUCUUAUCUUCUUCCUUUAGGCUUCCUGGUACUAUUCCCAAUAGAAAACCUUCUGGUGUUUUCCUAAAUGAGUAUCUAAACAUUUUUUUCAUUUCAUUAUAUAUUAUUUCCCAAAAUUGUUUGAUGUUUAAACAAUUCCACCAUAUAUGUAUCAUAGUACCUUUUCCCGUGUUGCAUCGCCAGCAGACAUCGCUACAAUUUUUAUUCAUUUUUGCUAUUCUUUCAGGUGUUAAAUACCAUCUAUGUUGCAUUUUAAGGUAAUUUUCUUUCAGUAUAUAACACAUAGUGAAUUUCAUAUCUUCUUUCCACAAUUUUCCCCAUUGUUCAAACAUAAUAUUUUUCCCAAUAUCUUGCGCCCAUUUAAUCAUUGAUGCUUUAACCAAUUCAUCCUUUGUUUCCCACUCUAAAAUCAGAUUAUACAAUUUAGAUAUAUUUUUUGAUUUUUCUUGUAUUAAGUAUUUAUCGAAUUUUGAUAUUUCUUUUUCAAAUCCUAACUUUUUGUCUUUCGCUAAUCUAUACUUAAUUUGAAUAUAUUGGAACUGUAAUAAAUGUAGGGGUUACUCGUGCGCAAGUUGGUGCCACUCCUGACUAGUUUGGCUUGUUAAACCUUUUCUGUCUGGACAGCCCUACACUUCGUGGCUGCUCAGUCGCUAGCAGAAUCCGUCAGUGGGCGUUUCUUAAACCUUUUCCAGCAUAAAAGUUGUUUGACUCCAAGUCUCCUCCUACUCUCCCUGCACGGAAGUCUUCUGCGCAGGGAGGGCGUGGGUAGCGGAGGACCCGUGCUCUCCUCGCUGAUCUCUGGAGAGGAGUCCUGGAGCCCCCUCGCCGAUUCCCCCAUCUGCCCCCCUUUAUCCCUGGUGUUACGCUGAUUUCCUUCCCCAGCUGGUGAGCCGCCUCUCCCCCUGCUGGGCCCUUCUCCAGCAUCGCUUGAGAGCCUCGCCUCCGCCUCUGGCUCCGAUGUCAGUUCCCUGACAGGAACCAAUCACUAAUAUGAGCUUUAAUUUCUGUGUAAUCCUUUAAUUCCAAUUCUCCGUUUUCUUCCUUUAAUACAGUUUUAUAGGUAGCCCAAUUUUCUUUCAUAUUUAAUUUUUCACUGCGACAAUUUCUGCUGGCGAUGCCCACCAGGGAGUUUUCGGUUCUAGGAGUCUUUUAUAUUUCUCCCAUAUUUUAUAUAUAGAUUUUCUGAUUAUAUGCCCUAGGAAGCCUUUAUGUACUCUCACUUUUUCAUCUGUUAGAUAGGCAUGCCAUCCAAAUCUCGUCUCUACUCCCUCUACAGUGGUGCCCCGCAAGACGAAUGCCUCGCAAGACGGAAAACCCGCUAGACGAAAGGGUUUUCCGUUUUGGAGGUGGUUCGCAAAACGAAUUUCCUAUGUGCUUGCUUCGCAAGAUGAAAAUGUCUUGCGAGUUCCUGCGGGGUUUUUUUUCCUCCCCCCCCUUUCCCCAAGCCGCUAAACCGCUUAUCAGCUGAUGGCUAAGCCGCUUAUCAGCUGAUCUUUAAGCCGCUUAACAGCUGAUGCUAAGCCGCUUAUCAGCUGAUCGUUAAGCCGCUUAUCAGCUGAUCUUUAAGCCGGCUAAGCCGCUAAUACUGUAGCGCUAAGCCGCUAAACCUCUAAUGGGCUUGCUUCGCAAGACGAAAAAACCCACAAGACGAAGAGACUCGCGGAACGGAUUCUUUUCGUCUUGCGAGGCACCACUGUAAAUCCAAUACAUCUGAGUCAUCUAAUUUGAUCCAUUCCUUUAGCCAGGUCAGACCCACCGCAUCGUGAUUUAACUCCAUAUCUGGGAGAAAAUUCUCCCCCCCCCCCAGAUAUGGGGGGGGGAGAGUUUUUAUCCUGCUGGAACCCUUGGGUCCCCACACUCCUGUGGGGUUUUUUUGGGGGGUGCGCUGAACUCUAGCGCUGCCCUCCAAGCCUCUCUGCUGGCUCUGUGUUGCAGACGACACUCAGCACACCGCCAUCAUCCUCCGCAGCAGACCGGAAUUCAGGAGCUGCUUAACUCAGACUGCAGGCCCUCGUGUCUUCGUUCUAAGGCUCUAGGGGCCAGCUGGCUGAGCAGCUGUGGGUUGCACUGCAGCUCAGCCACUAGCAGGCAGGUAGCCAUUCCCAGUGCACGUGGCAGCCAUAAUUUUCUGGUAUGAAGCUGGGCAUUCUGUUCUCAGCAUCUGAGUUCCUUUAGUCAUUGGAUGCUGCAGGCCCAUCAGCUGUAUUUUGUAGGCUUUUGAUGCUUUUAGCUUUAACCCCGAGAGUUCCUAUUUCUAGUUGAUUUCCAUUUGCAACAAUAACAUCUUGGUAGAUCUGAUUUCUGUUCCAAGUGAAUUUUUAUUGUUUUCCUUACAUAUUCUUUUCCAACAAGUUGUAAUAGCACCAUACAUUCCCUUUGACUCUGCCGAGUCGCGACCCCCCUCCCUCCCCACAACUGGUAUAUUUAUCCUCUUUCCAUCACGCACAUCAUUCUCAUAUUAGUACUAUUAUACAUUGGAGGUAUUAUGUCAAUCCUGCUAGUGUAUUGACCUCUUUACAAUUCUUCUUUAAAUAUUCAAUAAAUUUACUCCAGUUAUUUUGGUAUCUUUGAUCUCCCUGGUCCCGGAUCCUCCCUGACAGUUUGUCAAGUUCUGCAUAUUCUGUCAACUUUGCCUGCCACUCCUGAAUAGUUGGUAUGUCUUGUACUUUCCAUCUUUGGGCCAGAAGGGUCCUCGCGGCAGCUGUAGCAUACAUGAACAGAUUUUGAUCUUCUAUUUUAAUUUCUGUUCCUAUUAAGCCUAAUAGACUCGUUUCCGGUCUUUUGGGGAAAGUAUAUCUAAAUAUUUUUUUGAGUUCAUUAUAAAUUGAUUCCCAAAAUUUUUUUACCUUAUCACAGGUCCACCACAUAUGGAAAUAGUCCCCAUCUGCCUUUUUACAUUUCCAACAUUUUCUUUCUUUUUUCCUAUACAUUUUAGCUAAUUUUACUGGCGUCAAAUGCCAUCUAUACACCAUUUUUAGCAAGUUUUCCUUUAAAGUCAUGCAUCCUGUAAAUCUCAAACCCUCCUUCCAUAAUCUUUUCCACGCAUCCAAUUCAGUGUUAUGCCCAAUAUCAAUUGCCCAUUUUGUCAUUGAUUCCUUUACUUCUUCGUCUUUUGUAUACCAUUCUAGCAAUAAACUAUACAUUCUUGAUAAAAUUUUAUCUUUACAGUCUAUUAACUCGAUUUGGAAUUUCGAUUUUUUAUCUUCGAACCCAUUUCUCUUUUUAUCUUCCUUUAAUAAGUCACUGAUCUGGUGGUAUUGCAGCCACCCUGUUAACAUCUUUUCAAUUUGGUCAUAUGGUUUGAGCUUUAUCCCUUGGUCUGUUUUCCUAAUAAUAUCCUCAUAUGUUACUCUUUCCCCUUCCACGUUUACUUUUUUUGUUGUCAACACCUCAGUUGGUGAUAUCCACCACGGUGUCUUUCUUUCCAGGAGGUUUUUAUUCCAAUCCCAUACUUCAUAUAAAGAUUUCCUAAUCACAUGGUUUAGAAAACCUUUGUGUACCUUUACUUUGUUGUACCAUAGGUACGAAUGCCAACCGUAUCUAUUGUCGUGGCCCUCUAGAUCAGUGUUUUCUAAAGUCAGCCAAUCUUUUAACCAUACCAAGCACGAAGCUUCAUAAUAUAAAGUCAGGUCUGGUAAAUCAAAACCUCCUCUCUCUUUCUUAUCUAUUAGUAUCUUUAUUUUUAUCCUUGGCCUUUUCCCCUGCCAGACAAAUUUCGCUAAAAUUUUUUGCCAAUCCUUAAAUUGUCUUAUCCCUUUUACCACUGGUAUUGCUUGAAAUAGGAAAAGCAGUCUAGGUAGUAUAUUCAUUUUUAUCACAGAGAUUCUGCCUAAUAAUGACAAUUUUAGCCUGCUCCAUAUAUCCAUAUCUUUCUUAGUUUCUUUCCAUACCACCUCAUAGUUGUCCUUGUACAAGUUUAUAUUUUUUGUUGUCAUCCAAAUUCCUAAAUAUUUUAUUUUUUUAACUAUCGCGAUUCCUGAGUCUACUUGUAACUCUUCUUUCUUCAGAUUUUUUGCUAGCAUUUUCGUCUUGUUUUUGUUGAGUUUAAACCCUGAUACCUUCCCAAACUCUUCUAUUCUUUUUAUUGCCUCUUUCACACUUUGUCUUGGUUCUUCCAACGUUAAGACUAGAUCAUCUGCGAAGGCUCUUAAUUUAAAUUCUUUUCGUCCCACCUUAAUGCCUCUGACUUCUGAUGAAGUCAGAGAUCUGAUUUCUGCUUUUACAUUUGAAAAAGAGAAGUCAUUCAAAUCCUGUUUUUUCUGCCUUUUGCAGAAAUGAAGGCGACAAGAAGGAAAAACAUAUUCCAAUGCCAUGCUCUACCAGUUCUAACCCGAACGCUCCACAACACUCAAUCCCUGGCCAUGCCUCGAGUCAGACUCGGUCACAAUCUAGGAGCUCUGAGCCCCACAGCAGAAAACAGUCACGAUCUAGGAGUUCUGAACAUUGCAGGAGAAAACGGUCACGAUCUAGGAGUUCUGAACGUUGCAGGAGAAAACGGACACAAUCUAGGAGUUCUGAACGUUACAGGAGAAAACGGACACAAUCUAGGAGUUCUGAACGUUGCAGGAGAAAACGAUCACGAUCUGGGACUUCUGAACGUUGCAGGAGAAAACGGUCACGAUCUGGGACUUCUGAACGUUGCAGGAGUAAACGGUCACGAUCUAGGAGUUCUGAACGUUGCAGGAGUAAACGGUCACGAUCUAGGAGUUCUGAACGUUGCAGGAGAAAACGGUCACGAUCUAGGAGUUCUGAACGUUGCAGGAGAAAACGGUCACGAUCUAGGAGCCCCAGAUGUAGGUCCAGGUCUGCAGAGCGACCAAGCUCCCCCAGCUCGAGUUCUCAAACCUCUUCUAGCCAGAAGAGAGAACUGGGAAAAUCAACUAAAUCUCCAGGUAAGGUGGAUGUUACAGAUGCUUCAGUAACUGGCCUUUGGUUUUUUGUAAGCAGGAUAAUGUGUGUGAUAUUGGCAGGCGUGUUGCAGUGGCUUUGGCUCAGUGAAUAGUUUGUUCUGUUCUGCGGUUUUUCUCCUGGCUUUGUCAUUGUGUCAAUAUAAUGCCUGCCAAGGAGACCAAGCUUGUUCCUAUAUUGGAUUGUGUGAAUGACUCUGCAACCCAUUUCAAAAGGGGAUGUUGGUUGAUCUCAGCCAUUUCACUCCUCUGGAGUUUUCCCCACCCACUUUGUAGUUUUUACAGUUGCUUAGUACAAUGACCUCCUUGCACUCAUGCUAUGCAGGGUAGAACCUUGUUGCAAAUUCAGCUGUGACCGAGGAUCAGGGGAGAUAUUCUGCUGCUUCCCUGCAGUAUUGUUGCCAAAGGUAGACCUGAAGUUGUUGCAAUAGAGCGUUGAUGAACUGCGGGGGGGGGGGGGGCGGGUAUUGGUUCCUGUACGGAUAUCAGGGGGUUACUCGAGAGCAAUCAGGCAAGUGCCUCCCUGGUCGGAUGUAAAGCCUCGGUAUUGGUGCCAAAAACCCUUCACCAUGCAGAGCGCCACUAUUCCAUGGCUCGCUCAUUCACUGGCAGAAUCUGUGAGUGGGCGGUCCUUAAACCUUCCCCAGCAGAGUAGUUUCUUGACGCCCAAUCUGCGCCUCCCCUCUCAGCGCGGAAGCCUACUGUGCAGAGAGGGCGUGGGUAACGGAGGACCUCUCUCCUCCCUGCUUUCGCCAGGCAAGGUGUCCUGGCACCGCCUCGCCUCCUCCGAGCCCUGAAGCUCCUCUACACUGGAGGCGUGGUUACUCUCCUCCGCUGAGGAGGUGCUGCUUCCCACGAUCUUUGGGGGAUCUCUAAUCCAUACGGCUUUUUCCCUCUCGCCCCUGAGCCAAGGGCAGUUCCUUGACAGUUACAUUUUGUUCUUCUUUUUAUUUUGUAUCUUUUGGGUUUUUCAUCUUGUAUUUUUAUGUUGUGAACCACCCUGAGAUGUAUGGAUGGAGGGCGGUAUACCAAUUUAAUACUAUUGUUAAUAAUAAUAAUGAGCCGCUUGCUUUUUCUCCCCGUCUUUAGCGUCGUCUGCAGAAGCAGGAAGCUCCAGGAAACCUCCAGCCAAAUCUGCUCUCCCAGGUCUGUGUCUGACACUCUAACCACUACACCGGAGUGGCUCUUCAUAAUGGCCCGGGAGGAUGGGAGGGGCUCAGCUGGAGCAGACCCUGAUGCAUUAUUUGCUUACUGUCCCCUCUCUACUGGGCACCUCACUGUGUAGAGUAAUUGAUGGGAAAUGAUCAUUUUGGGGGGUGGGAAGGGGAUAUCCAGUAGGAGCAAGCUCCAAGGUGGCCUUUGCCCUUGGCAUCCUCUCUCCUGGAAUUUAGUUGGCAUCCAUCUGUGUUGCAUAACAGAAUCAUGCCUUCCUUCAGCAGGACCUAUGGUACCUUCAGUGGCUUCGUUUAUGCCUCCGUCUUCAGAAUCUCCAUCUCCGUCAAUGAUGAAUGAUUAUCAUGCUGUGUUGCCAACAGUACUUCCACACGUGUGUUGUCUGUGUAAAAUAGAAUGUUCAAGUAUGACGGUGAGUUCUUUGUUUUUGCAGAAAAAAGUGCACACGGUUGUAUUGAGCCCAGGAUGAGUGCAUUUUCCACUCUGGCUUUCAAGCAGAUCUUACGCUAUGAGGAGUGGUUGAUGUUAUCCUGGGGAAGUCAACAUGGUGACUGCCAAAUGUUGGACAGCAUCACUGCAGCAUAUCUCCCCUCCCCUAAUCCCCAAGGAGACAUCUUUGCCACCUCAGGGCCUCAUGAAUCCCCACGUCCAGAACGCCCAUUUGACAUUGGUGGGAUUCAAACCUGACACCAUGUCUGGAGACUCUGUCUUAUCUGAGCUGCUGUUGUCUAUUUUAAUAUCAAAUGCAUUGCACAGUAUUGAACAUUGUCCAGUGUUAAACUCAUACACAGGACUGAAGGGCAGGUGAGUGUGUUUCUACUCUGCUGUAGAAACUCAGAUAUAUAAGCUAGGUGACAAAUGGCUUCUUAACCCAAGGUGUCAGUUGGCAAAAAAGUAUAUACCGUAUAUACCAUUAGGGUUUUUUUUUUUUUUUUAAUAGUUGCUGCUCAGCAGCAGAGGAGGGCCCUUCUGUGGGUCUCUCAGAAGCAUACUGACUGACUGCCGCAGUAGAUGGGAUGCUGGACUAGGUGACACUUUGUUCUCAUCUAUCAGCCGGGCUUUUUUAUGUUCUCAUGCUGAUUUCUUCCCUCUCUCCCUGUAGGGCUGGAAUCUGCAUGUGCGCACUGCUGCACACUCCGAGAAAUGUGAUGAGCUACGCCAACAGUAAGGCCUUUCAUUUUAAUUUAUUGGGAAUAGAUUGAGGAUUUGAAAUGGUUUGGAAAUGACUUCCUGGAUACCUCAGGGCUUUGCUAAAAGCAGCAGAGCCAUUGCUUACAUGCCUUGCCACAAACCUCAGCCAAGGAAGUUGUGGGAGCUCACCUUUGAAGGAACGGUGCCUGCUCUAGUUUCUGUUCUGCAUGAAUUUGUAUAAGUGGUCUGUAGGCCGAUUGUGGAGCUGAACCAGGGAAGAAGGCAGAAGCUCAGAGGCAUCUCAUCUUGCGUUCUGUGGCUUUUAGAUGCCUGUGGAGCAUGAGCAGAGUUUUACGAGGGGUGGCUUCAGGACAAACCAGUUCUUGGAGGAGCUGGGACCUGAGUCUCAUGCCAGGGAGCUUUUGGAAUACUGGGUCCAAGAGUCAGGGAAUCCUCAUGGAAUCGCCUUUAAACUUCCCCAGAAGAGCAGUAGUAAAAGAUCAAUAAUUUGGACAAAAGGGAGAGAAAUACUUGACAGUUUUAGAAACUUGCCUGAAUGAUAAUGGAAUGGAGUACAUGUACCGUGUCAAAGGAAUAACACAGCUGUUUUGCUGGCUUUUCUUGAAACAGGUAUCCUGGCUGGAAUCCAGAAGAAUUCUCUUCGUUACAGAGGUAACCUUCUAAUCUCAACAUGAAUACUCAGUUAUAAGAAUUAGGCUGCAGUAAUCUCAUUUCCUUGUUGUCCCCGAUGGUGUGGGUUUUUGGAGACAUUUUGAAUGGGAAAUUUGCAUCAGGGCAUUCUGCACUGGGACAUUUUCUGAUGCCCAAGAAAGUGAUCUGUGAUCUAAUUCUGGUCUUUCAUUGUAUUUAAUAGAGAAAACUCAAAACUGAAAACUGCAAGUAUCUGCUGUUUGCCCCCGUUAAUUCCUUCUUAGGAACCAUGUAACAAAGAACACUUCUGCAGAAAAAGUAACCAACCCCCCCAGAUAAUAUUUUCCACCCCAGGUUACUGGUUGUCACUGACCCCGUACAUGUAGGAGCUGCUUAACUCAGACUGCAGGUCUUCGUUCUAAGGCUCCAGGGGCCAGCUGGCUGAGCAGCUGUGGGUUGCACUGCAGCUCAGCCACUAGCAGGCAGGUAGCCAUUCCCAGUGCAGCCAUAAUUUUCUGGUAUGAAGCUGGGCAUUCUGUUCCCAGCAUCUGAGUUCCUUUAGUUAUUGGAUGCUGCAGGCCCAUCAGCCGUAUUCUGUAGACUUUUGAUGCUUUUACCUUUAACCCUGAGAGUUCCUAUUUCUAGUUGAUUUCCAUUUGCAACAAUAACAUCUUGGCAGAUCUGAUUUCUCCUUUUACAUUUGAAAAAGAGAAGUAAUUCAAAUCCUGUUUUUUCUGCCUCUUGCAGACAUGAAGGUGACAAGAAGGAAGAACAUAUUCCAAUGCCAUGCUCUACCAGUUCUAACCCGAAUGCUCCACAGCACUCAAUUCCUGGCCAUGCCUCAAGUCAGACUCGGUCACGAUCUAGGAACUACAGACGUAGGUCCAGGUCUUCAGAGCGACCAAGCUCCCUCAGCUCAAGUUCUCAAAGCUCUUCUAGUCAGAAGAGAGAACUUGGAAAAUCAACUGAAUCUCCAGGUAAGAUGGAUGUUACAGAUGCUCCAUUAACUGGCCUUUGGUUUUUUGUAAGCAGGAUUAUGUGUGUGAUAAUGGUAGGCGUGUUGCAGUGGCUGUGGCUCAGUGAAUAGUUUGUUCUGUUCUGGGGUUUUUUCUCCUGGCUUUGUCAUUGUGUCAAUAUAAUGCCUGCCAAGGAGAUCAAGCUUGUUCCUAUAUAGGAUUGUGUGAGUGACUCUGCAACCCAUUUCAAAAUAGGUUGUUGGUUGAUCUCAGCCAUUUCACUCCUCUGGAGUUUUCCCCUACCCACUUUGUAGUUUUUACAGUUGCUUAGUACAAUGAUCUUCUUGCACUCAUGCUAUGCAGGGUAGACCUUUGUUGCAAGGGGUGGUGGUAUUGGUUCCAUUUUGUUCUUGUUUCUAUUUUGUAUGUUUUGAGUUUUUAAUCUUGUAUUUUUAUGUUGUGAACCGCCCUGAGAUGGAUGGAUGGAGGGCGGUAUACCAAUUUAAUACUACUGUUAAUAAUAAUAAUGAGCCGCUUGCUUUUUCUCCCCGUCUUUAGUGUCGUCUGCAGAAGCAGGAAGCUCCAGGGAACCUCCAGCCAAAUCUGGUCUCCCAGGUCUGUGUCUGACACUCUAAACACUACUCCACAGUAUCUCUUCAGAAUGGCCUUGGAGGAUGGGAGGGGCUCAGCUGGAGAAGACCCUGAUGCAUUAUUUGCUUUCUGUCCCCUCUCUACUGGGCACCUCACUGUGUAUAGUAGUUGAUGGGAAAUGAUCUUUUUGGGGGGCGGGAAGGGGAUAUCCAGUAGGAGCAAGCUCCGAGGUGGCCUUUGCCCUUGGCACCCUCUCUCCAGGAAUUUCGUUGGCAUCCGUCUGUGUUUCAUAACAGAAUCAUGCCUUUUUUCAGCAGGACCUGUGGUACCUUCAGUGGCUCAACCCUCAACAACACCUGCGGCUUCGUUUAUGCCUCCGUCUUCAGGAUCUCCAUCUCCAGCAAUAAUGAAUGAUUAUCAUGCUGUGUCGCCAACAGUACUUCCACACGUGUGUUCUCUGUGUAAAAUAGAAUGUUCAAGUAUGAUGGUGAGUUCUUUGUUUUUGCAGAAAAAACGUGCACACGGUUGUAUUGAGCCCAGGAUGAGUGUAUUUUCCACUCUGGCUUUCAAGCAGAUCUUACGCUAUGAGGACUAUGGCACCCAGGCAUCUCCACUUGGUUGUAAGUUUCUGAUAGCGAAGUGCAAGAUGUGCUUGGCACGUGGCUAGUUUUGAACACUGCCACAGACUCAUGACCUUUAAUGACCAGAUUUGCAGUUUUAUAGACAGAAGUCACAUCCGUGGGUUUUGGGCAUAUCACUAAGUGGAACUUAGUGUUUUAUUUUUAUAAAAAAAUGAAUAUGCCGUGAUUUUUUUAAAAAAAAUAGUUUCUCCUGGGAGAAGCAGCAGCAGCAGCAGAGGAGGGCCCAUCUGUGGGUUUCUCAGAAGCAUCUGGCUGACGGCCGCAGGAGAAGGGAUGCUGGACUAGGUGACACUUUGUUCUCACCUAGCGUCCAGGCUUUUUUGUGUUCUCAUGCUGAUUUCUUCCCUCCCUCCUUGUAGGGCUGGAAUCUGCACGUGGGCAGUAUUGCACACUUCAAGAAAUGUGAUGAGCUACGCCAACAGUAAGGCCUUUCAUUUUAAUUUAUUGGGAGUAGAUUGAGGAUUUGAAAUGGUUUGGAAAUGACUGCCUGGAUACCUCUGUCAGGAUUCACAGAAUACUGUGUGAGAUAGUAAGUCUGCAGGCUUGAGUUUGCUAGCUGAUGCAACCAGCCUGCAAUACUUUCUAUGGAAUUGCUGGGUCAGAAUGACUCAGCAGUAAUGUGCUGUCAGCUGAUUGGCUGUCAUCGGUUUAAAAGGGAAACCUGUCCAGCAGUAAGGUGGUGGUGUAGAGGUGUGUGGUCAGAUAGAGUUAGAGGUCUUCCUAUUUGCUUUAAGGUGCAGCCAGAUACUCUGACUGACUGUAUAAACUGCUCGUGUAUUAUAGCCUGUAAAUAUUUGUGUAUAUAUAUCUCACAAUAAAUUUACUGCACUGAAGAACCUGGAACUCUGAGCAUUUCUGCUAAAGCGCUACGAAGAAUUUGCGGCAACCUCGGGGCUUUGCUAAAAGCAGCAGAGCCAUUGCUUACAUGCCUUGCCAUAAACCUCAGCCAAGGAAGUUGUGGGAGCUCACCUUUGAAGGAAAGGUGCCUGCUCUAGGUUGUGUUUUGCCUGAAUUUGUAUAAGUGGUCUGUAGGCCGAUUGUGGAGCUGAACCAGGGAAGAAGGCAGAAGCUCAGAGGCAUCUCAUCUUGCGUUCUGUGGCUUUUAGAUGCCUGUGGAGCAUGAGCAGAGUUUUACGAGGGGUGGCUUCAGGACAAACCAGUUCUUGGAGGAGCUGGGACCUGAAUCUCAUGCCAGGGAGCUUUUGGAAUACUGGAUCAAAGAGUCAGGGAACCCUCAUGGAAUCACCUUUAAAUUUCCCCAGAAGAUCAGUAGUAAGAGAUCAAUAAUUUGGACAAAAGAGAGAGAAAUAAUUGACAGUUUUAGAAACUUGCCUGAAUGAUAAUGGAAUGGAGUACAUGUACUGUGUCAAAUGAGUAACACAGCUGUUUUGCUGGCUUUUCUUGAAACAGGCAUCCUGAGUGGAAUCCAGAAGAAUUUUCUUCGUUACAGAGGUAACCUUUCAAUCUCAACAUGAAUACUCAGUAAUGAGAAUUAGGCUGCAGUAAUCUCAAUUCCCUGUUCUCCCCAAUGGUAUGGGUUUUCAGAGACAUUUUGAGUGGAAAAUUUGUGUGAGGGCAUUCUGCACUGGGACAUUUUCUGAUGCCCAGGAAAGUGAUCUGUGAUCUAAUUCUGGUCUUUCAUUGUAUGUAGUAGAGAAGACUCAAAACUGUAAAAUUGUUAAGUUAUCUGCAGUUGACCACUGUUCACUGCUGCUUAGGAACUAUAACAAAAAACACUUCUGCAGAAAAAGUAACCUGUCAGAUGCUGCUGGUGGUUGCUCGUGAGUAACCAGGCAGGACUCCAAACCUGUCUUUUACAGGUUUUAUUGUGCAAACUAUUUACAGUGCAGAUCUCCAAAGUUCAUGUCCGUCUUAGUCACUUACAGAAUCUGGGAGUGGCCCCUUCCGGCUUCUCCCCCAACAUAAGAACUUCGACACCCGAAGCCCCCCUCCCCUCCUUGCGUUUCACCCUUCUGUGCAAGCUGGGCGGCGGAAGUGGCAUGCGUCCCUCCUGGCUAACCUGGCGAGUUGAGGCGCUGGGGCUCUCCGCAGCAUCCUUGAGCCCAUUCCUCACUUGGCUGGCCCCUUCCCUCUCUUCUCCACUGGAGGUGUGGCUUUUCCCACUGCUGGAAGUGGAACUGCUUCUCAGGAGUUUCGGAAGCUCUCUGUAUUCCAACGCCCCCCUGCCUCCCUCCCUUGUUCCGAUAGCAGUCCCCUGAUAUCCACCCCCCUCAAAACCUCCCGCCCUGUCGGUGAGGUCCAGAGCUGCUUCCCACUCACUGGUGUCGCCGGGGGGGGGGGGAACCUGAGGAAGGAAUCGUCGUUCUCCUCUGUGAAGUCAAAAACUGCUCCCCCCGACAAUUCCGGCUCUGGCGGGAAGUCCCCGGAAGGUUCCUCCUCAUCAGAGACCUCGGCAAUUUCGUCCUCUAUUUCCUCCCCAGGAAUCCCUCAAAGUCCCCCUCAUUCUCUGUGGGUCCAAACACUUCCCCAAAUAACAACUUUGGGGGUUUGGGCUUGUGCAGUAAGAGAGCGUGGAACUCCUCUACAAGAUACUCCUCGGUCACGCACCCUGCCGGAAUCCACACGUUUUCCGAACUAGGAGCCCCCUCCCAGGCAACUAAGUACUCUAGUUGAUGUCCGUUCCACCUGGAGUCAAGUGUCUCUGUCACUUCAUUACAGACUUCCCUUCUAUGUUUGGCGAGGUGGGCAUCCCCUGUUCUCUCCCCGGGAAGCUGUGGCCCUCCCUGUAAGGCGACAGCAGAGACUUGUGAAACUCUGGAUGUAUCCUCAUGUUAUCCGGCAACUUCAGCCUGAAUGCUAUUGGGUUGACCUGCUGUGUCACCUCAAAGGGACCAACCCUCCUAGGCUGCAGUUUCUUGCACCCCCCUCUCAGGGGCAACCACACCUUGUCCCCCACCCUGAUAACCUCCCCCGGUCUCUUAUGUUUGUCUGCCGCCUUCUUGUAGGCCUCCUUGGCUCUUUCCAGAGUCAUCUUGAGCUGUUGGUGUAUGGCCUACAUCUCUUCUGCGAAAUGUUUUGCGGCUGGUACACUCCAUUCCUCCUCCUUCUGCCCUGGAAAGGCCCUGGGAUGACACCCGUAAUUGGCAAGAAAGGGACUCAUCCCUGUGGACACGUGUUCAGCAUUAUUGUACGCAAACUGCCAGUGCUUCCUUCUCCACCCAAUUGUUCUGCCGCUGAUUGACGUAGCAGUGCAAGUACUGAUGCAAAAUGGCAUUUGCUCUCUCUGCCUGUCCAUUAGUCUGUGGGUGCCAGGCUGUGGAAAAACUCACCUCUACCUGCAACAAACUCAUGAGCUUGCGCCAGAAACGCGAAGUGAACUGUCUUCCGUGGUCAGAAAUUACCCUAGAAGGGGUCCCAUGCAGCCGAAAGAUGUGAUCCAGGAACAGCUUGGCAGUUUCCUAAGGUGACACCACAUGGGAGGAUGCCACAAAGUGGCAUAUCUUGGUCAGCAGGUCCACCACUACCAGGACUGCCGUCUUACCUCGGGACAUGGGCAGGUCCGUCGUGAAGUCUAUGGACACCACUUCCCAUGGUCUCCCCAGUGUUGGUAAGGGUUCUAGCAGCCCCGCUGGGGCCGCCCUUUCCCUCUUUGCUCACUGACACAUGUCGCACCCUCAGACAUGUUCCCGCACAUCCUCCCUUACCUUGGGCCACCAGAAAUCCCACCUAACUAAGUAGGGACUUCCGCUUUGUAAUCCGAAGGGCAUAAUGAGGUAUUCAAAUGCCCCUAGUAAACAUUGUCAUCUUCCAUUCAUCUCCCUUCCGUACUCUGAUCAGGUUGUAAGCUCCUCUGAGGUCAAGUUUGGUAAAAAUUCUGACCUUGCGUACUCUCGCCAGCACGUCGUCGAUGCGAGGCAUGGGAAAUGCAAGGAGUUGACAACCCUGAAAUUCACCACCAGACGGCACUCCUUGGUCCCCUUCUUGUCCACGAAGAACACUGGACUUCCUCACACCGUCUUUGAUUCUCAGACGAAACCUUUUCUUAAGUUCUUUUUUGAAUGAUAUUUAUUGAAAAAAAAUUUUUUUUUUAAAGUUACAAAAGAAAAACAAAGUAGAAAAAGAGAAAAACAAACCACUUCCAACCAUACAUAUACAAAUUCAAAAUAGGAAAGAAAACAAAAACAAGGAGGUGGCGCCAACGGCAAUGGCGGAAUCCCUCUAAUUCGGAGGGAGACCGCUCCACAGAAAUCGGGUCUAUACCGCUUCGGCGCAGCGGGGACCCUUUAAACCACAGGCGGGUGAAGCCUGUGACCCUGGGACUCGGCGGGCACUGUUUGCGCCCCCCCCCAAUCUGUAAAGGAACCCAGCAACGGGCUCCGGAACAGAGCGGGGAAGUGGCGCUGUGCUGCGAGUCGUCUGCUUCUUUUGUGGAGUGAAGCCGCGUAGCUGUUGCCGGAGAGCGCUGCCUUUUUUCCUGGACAAUUCGGACUUUAAAACAAACAUCCGUGAGUACCCAGAAUUUGAACAAAUUGGGACAGUAAAUGAAGAUUAGUGAAAAGGACAGAAUUGGACUAUAAAAAAAAAGAAAGAAAGAAAAAUCGAUUGAAUUUGGUACGGAGCGGGAAGGGCUAAACAGGAAGUCACCCUUCCGUUCUUUUGUAAAUACAACAAAGCAAAGGCAACUUAUACUAGAGCUUUGAAAAUUGCUUUUAAAAGAGUGGAUUCCAACAUUUUAAAUUGGGAAUAUUUUUUUGGGGACUAUUUGAAGCAGUAAAAGGAAGUUAUUUUCGUCCUGAUCCUGGAGUGGGGAAGUCAGGACUGACGUGAAUCAAUCAAGAUAUCUGUGUGAGACAGAUAGUUAAAAGAAGAGAAUUUUUGUGACUCUACUGUUCCCUUUCGCAUUUUAAAGGAAUAUAUAUGGAUAAAGUAUCUCAAGUAACAUGGAAAUGUAACAAGAACAAAUAUAAGUCUUCUCCCUAGGGGGAGCCUUAGAGACUGUAACUAAUGCCAAGGACUUGACAGCUGUUACAAAUAAUCGUGGGAGAGUGCAACAAUGUUUUCAGAAGUUGUGGUUUGCCUGCUUAAUAAAACAAAGAAUCUAUUGGAAGAACUACAUGAUAAGGUGAACCAGAUGGCCAAGUCAACUGGAAAUCAUGGACAGGCAGUGGAAGGCUUUGAUCAAACUGUGGGAAUAUAUGUGGAGUCUAUCCAGGACUCAAACCAGGAGUGUGUCUUGACAGAACAGGGGUUUGUGGCAUUAAAUCAGGAGUGUGGCUUGACAGAACAGUCUCAACAGGAGCUUGAUCCUUCGGAUUUGAUAAUGGAACUUGGAAAAAACCAGAUAUGGGAAGGGAAAGUUCGAUGUGGUUUUGAAAUCGGGGGCUGGAUUGACCCCCCUAUGUUGGGAUAUCUGGACUUUUUAAAUACAGUAACAGGCUGCAACAUGUUUGGAAUUGUGGGGGCCCACAACUUCGGAGGGCCCUUGAAGUAUGUUCUUAAAUACUACAUGGAAUGCAGCGAUGAACAGGGAAAAGGAUCUGAUCUGAUGAGAAGGGUUAAAAACACUAUUAAGAUGGAGUUACUACGAGCAAGUGACUACAGCCACAAAUAUGAAGAAAAGCUGCGGAAGGGCCAUGGAAGUGAUCUGAGGGCCUCGGACAUAAGGUCACCGGGUUAGAUUGAGGAAUAAGGACUGACAAAUCCCGAAACCAGGAGGAAGGGACGUUGGAUUAAGAUCAGACUUGUUUAUAUGCUUUUUUCUCUUUUUUUUGUUUUUUAACUAACAGAAUGUUUUAUAAAGUUGAUGAAUGAUAGAAUGAUAGAAAAAUGAAUGAUAGAAAAAUGUUGGAAGAAAUUACCUGGCUUUAGUAAAGAUGUAUAAAGAAUUAUGAAAGAACAUUAUGAAUAUAAGAAGCUGGUAAGGUUAAGAUCUAAAUUUUAAAUUUUAAGAUUUAUUUUAUAAUAGAAAGAUGGAAAGGAUUUGUUGGGAUAAUUAAUAACUAUUAAAGAAUUAUGAAAGAACAUUAUGAAUAUAAGAAGCUGGUAAAGUUAAGAUCUAAAUUUUAAAUUUUAAGGUUUAUUUUAUAAUAGAAAGAUGGAAAGGAUUUGCUGGGAUAAUUAAUAACUGGAAUACAAAGGAAGGGAGGAGGAGGAGGUCUAAUGUUUUUUUCUUCUUUAUUAUUAUUUUUCUUCUGUAUUUUUCACUUUUUUAUAUUUUUAUUUUAUUACUUCUGUAUCUUUUUCUUUUUGUGUGUAAGUUUUUGUGUUUUCUAUUUUUUAUUUUUUGUGUAAUUUUUGUAUUUUUUGGAAAUCUCAAUAAAUAUUAUUAAAAAGAAAAAAAAGAAAACAAAAAUACACCACAAACAUUUAAAAACAUUUAAAAACAAAUCCAUUAUUCUCAACUCCUCAACUGUCAUUAUCCUCUUUCCUUGACCUCCUCCUCCUCCCCUUCCUUGUAUCCUGUUUGUUAAUUGUCACAGCAAAUCCUUUCCAUAUUUCAUAAUAUUCUGUCAUUACAUUACCUUAAACUUAUUUUAAUCUUAUCUUACUAUAAAAAAACACCUUGAGACUUAAAACUUAAAUCUUAUUUUUAUCAACUUCUCAUAACCAUAAUAUUCUUGCAUAAUUCUUUAAACAUUUUUACUAAAGCCAAGUAAUUUCAUUCCAACAUUCUUCUAACAUUCAUCAAUUUUAUAAAACAGUCCUAGUAGUGAAAAAAAGAAAUAAAAACAAAUCCAAUCUUCAUCCAGCGUCCCUUCCUCCUGGUCCUGGGUUUUGUCAGUCCUUAUUAUCCCAUCAAUCUGGCGCAUUAACCUGGUAAUCUUAUAUCCGAGGCCCUUAAGUCCAUUCCAUGUCCCUUCCACGGCUCUUCUUCAUAUUUAUAACUGUAUUUUCCUUUGUCUCCUCCUCCUUUCACUCGUGGGAACUCCAACUUGGCAAUAUUUUUAACCCUUCUCGACAGAUCAGCCCCUUUUCCAUAAUCGACACUAAAUUCCAUGUGGUAUUUAAAAACAUGUUUCAGAAUCCCUCCAAAAUUGAGAGCCCCCACAAUCCCAAACAUCUCACGGCCCAUUGCCAGACUUGAAAAGUCCAAUUUCAUAGGAGGGUCUAUCCAACCCAUUUCCAAACCAAACCAAACUUUUUCUUUCCAAAUCUGGCUUUUUCCAAGUUCAUUUGUCAAAUCCGAAAGCUCAUAUUCCUGUAGGGCCUGUUCUGUCAAGACACACUCCUGAUUUAAUUCCUGGGUAGGCUCCACAUAUUUUCCCACUGCCUGUUCAAAAUUUCCCACUGCCUGUUCAAAAUUUCUAAUCGAAUCAGCCAUCAAAUUCGUCUUCUCAUGUAACUGUUCCAGUAGGGCAUUUGUUUUAUAGAAAGCACACAACAGAGCUUCUGAGUACAUUGUCCUGAAGGUCAGAUGUCUAUCCCCACGAUUGUAAUCUGUAACAGUUGCCAGCUCCCAGGAGUUGGUUACAGUUUCACAGUCUCCCUCUAGGGGGAAAACUUCUGUUUAAUCUUUCUUUUAAAGACAAGUCUAGCAACAGAGUUUCCUUUUUUCAGAUAUUUUGUCAAUAUUUGUUCCUUUAAGGUGCGAAAGGAAACAAUGGAAUCACUAUGUUCCUCUUCUUUUAGCUAUCUGUCAAAAGCGCUUGUUUCUGGUCAAUGAGCUUCAAACGUCAGUCCUGACACCCCGCUCCAGGAUCAGGACGGUGGAAAGUUACUUACUUUAAACUCACUUCUGCAGGUUUAAACAGUCCAGAAAAGAUCCCCCUUCUUCUCCUGCUGCCGAAGGGGGGUUCAACAAUUUUAAAUGAUGAAAGCCAAUCCUUUAGAGGCGAUUUUCUGAGCUCUAGUUUACGUUGUCUUUGCUUUAUUCUGUCUACAAAGAAACGGAAGGCUGACUUCCUGUUUAGAUCUUCCCGUUUCAGUACCAAAUUGAAGUAAAAUUUUUAAGUCCAAUUCCUUUCUGCUCGCAAGUCCUUAUUUAAAGUCCAAUUGUUCAAAGUUUAAGUACUCACGGGUGCUUAUUUUAGAAGCCAAUUUGUCCCAGGAAAAAGGCAGCGCUCUCCGGCAACAGCUGUGCGGCUUCGCUCCACGAAAAUAGCGGUUGACUCACAGCACCGCGCCACUUCCCCCUCUUCGCUUCGGAGCCCGUUAGUGGGUUCCUUUGCGGGUUGGGGGGGGGCGCUAAGGGUGCCUGCCGAGUCCCAUGGUCACAGGCUUCAUCCGCCUGUGAUUUUUAAAAGGGUCCCCGCUUCGCCGUAGCGGAGAAGACCCGUUUCCCGCGGAGCUAGUCCCUCCAAUUCAGAGGGAGUCCGCCAUUGCCAAUGGCGCCACCCCGGAAGUCUCAAGUAUCUCUCUCUUCUUAAGUUCUUGUCAGUAAAAUUCAGAUCCUGUAUCUCUUGGUCCGACAUCCAGUACCGCUUACCCGCCGUCAACCUGGCCCCUGGGACCAAAUUGAUCUGACAGUCAUAUGGCCUGUGGGGAGGUAACUUGUCAGCCUCCCACUCGCUGAAGACUUUCUCAAAAUCCACAUAUUGCUGAGGAAUUCUCUUCUCCCCCAGACUCGCAGUAGUCGCUCCCAUGGCUCCUUCCUCCCCAGAAAGUGUUCCACACAGUGGGCCAACCCAAAGGUGAGGGAUUGCUGGAGCCACGACACCACCGGAUCAUGGAGAGGCAGCCAACUCAUCCCCAGAAUGAUGGGAGGUCCUGCCAAGGUGGUCACAUGCAAAGCAAUGGUCUCAGUGUGUUUGGAGACCCUCAUUCUCAUGGCGGUGGUGUCUGGUGAGAGACUUCAUCCCUCCCAACAACUCUCUCCCAUCAAUGGGGGUGACUUGCAAUGGAAAGUCUAGUGGGAGUAGGUGCAACUGGUGCUCCAAGGCUAAGUCUCUGCGGAAGAAGUUUGCACUGGCUCCUGAAUCAACCAAGCCCUGCAUUUCCACUGGGUAGCCAUUAGGGAGCUCCAGUAGCACUGUGACCAGUAUGCCCGCCUUGGGGGGACAUGGUCGGGGCCCUUCUUCUGCCUGGCUGGCUGCUGCCCCUGUUUUCCUGCAGCCAGGCACGGUCGUUUCUGUACUCUUUGGGCUCCUCUCCUUCCUCCAUAGCCGAUCCCCCCACCAUUUGUUGCCAGUCUUUGCGCUGCGGGCAAACCUUGGCACAGUGUCCCGGUUGUUGGCAGAGGAAGCACUUAUUGGCUGACUUCCAUCCCGUUCCCUCCUUUUUGCUUGGAACCGCAGCGUUUGAAGUUUCCUGCGCCCAGGCUUCGUCAAUUUCCAUUGGCUCCGCCUGGGGCAGCCUGUGUGUAGUCCCAGCUGGUGUCUCAGGAAUGUGGUUGCUAUAGAAAUGCUCCCCUCUGGCCUCCCGCCUUGUCUGUGCGUGUGCCUCUUGCUGUACACUAAUACCUAAUACUGCUUUGGUCAGCUCAUACAUCGAUCUCGGCCGGGGUCCCCUGGAGAGCACAUCCUUAAUGUCCGAAUUUAAGCCCAUCUUUAAAAGUGCCUGCAUGGGUUCGGACAACAAAUCACAGCCCAGUUUAUGCACCAGCAUUGCGAACUGGGACCAGUAGCUACAAACAGGGAUCCCUGUUUGGAUGUCAGGAGCUCCUACUGCGUGACAUCCCCUUGAAUUUCGCUGGUAAACAUUGCGUCCAUUGCCUCGUAAAAUUUCCGCAAGUCCUGGAGGGCAUUGUUUCCUGCCACUAUCAGGGGUCUCACCCAUUCCCGGGCUGCGCUUUCUAAGUGGGAAAUUGCAAAUGCCACCCUUUCCUCAGCAUCGGCAAAUUCCUUCUUUUGCAAGUCCAGGGUGUAUUUAAUUUCAGUCUUAAAGGCAAGGUACUCUUGAGAGUUCCCGCUAAAUUUGCUCACCAGCCCCGGUACCUUUCUCCCCACCGGAGUUGCUUUGAUGUGCUGCUCCUGCGACCUGCGCUCCUCCAGCCUUGUUGUGAAGUCAGCGACAUAUGCUUCCAGCUCCACGUUCCUCUGCACCAGGGCCGCUAUAUUCCACGCCUCCUCUUCCUCAGCACCUCCGCCUGCAGCUCCUUGCUCCUCUGACCUCCCUUUAUUAUUUUUACUCAUCAUGCUGCUCUUCACUGCUACACGUGAACAACCGCAAAGACUCCCGGAUUGCUGUCAGAUGCUGCUGCUGGUUGCUCGCGAGUAACCAGGCAGGAUUCCAAACCUGUCUUUUACAGGUUUUAUUGUGCAAACUAUUUACAGUGCAAAUCUCCAAAGUUCAUGUCCAUCUUAGGCACUUACAGAAUCCAGGAGUGGCCCCUUCUGGUUUCUCCCCCAACAUAAGAACUUUGACACCCCAAGCCUCCGCCUCCACUCCUUGCAUUUCACCGCUGUGCACAAGCUGGGCGAUGGAAGUGGCGUGCGUCUCUCCUGGCCAGCCCGGCAAGGUGAGGCGCCGGGGCUCUCUGCAGCAUCCUCGAGCCCUUUCCUCACUUCUCCACUGGAGAUGUGGCUUUUCUCACUGCUGGAAGAGGAACUGCUCCUCAGGAAUUUCGGAAGCUUUCUGUAUUCCAACGGGCCACCCUGCCUCCCUCCCCUGUUCCAAUGUAAGUCCCCUGACAGUAACCCCCCAGGAUAAUAUUCCCCCCCCCAAGGUUACAGGUUGUCACUGAGCAGUACAUGUAGGAGCUGCUUAACUCAGACUGCAGGCCCUCGUGUCUUCAUUCUAAGGCUCUAGGGGCCAGCUGGCUGAGCAGCUGUGGGUUGCACUGCAGCUCAGCCACUAGCAGGCAGGUAGCCAUUCCCAGUGCAGCCAUAAUUUUCUGGUAUGAAGCUGGGCAUUCUGUUCCCAGCAUUUGGGUUCUUUAAGUUAUUGGAUGCUGCAGUCCCAUCAGCUGUAUUUUGUAGGCUUUUGAUGCUGUUAGCUUUAACCCUGAGAAUUCCUACUUCUAGUUGAUUUCCGUUUGCAAAAAUAACAUUUUGACAGAUCUGAUUUUUCCUUUUACAUUUGGGAAAGAGAAGUCAUUCAAAUCCUGUUUUUUCUGCCUUUUGCAGACAUGAAGGUGAGAAGAAGGAAAAACAUAUUCCAAUGCCAUGCUCUACCAGUUCUAACCCGAACACUUCACAACACUCAAUCCCUGGCCAUGCCUCGAGUCAAAUUCGGUCACGAUCUAGGAGCCCUGGGCCCCACAGCAGAAAACGGUCACGAUCUAGGAGCCCUGGGCCCCACAGCAGAAAACGGUCACGAUCUAGGAGCCCUGGGCCCCACAGCAGAAAACGGUCACGAUCUAGGAGCCCUGGGCCCCACAGCAGAAAACGGUCACGAUCUAGGAGCCCUGGGCCCCACAGCAGAAAACGGUCACGAUCUAGGAGCCGCAGACAUAGGUCCAGUUCUGCAAAGCAACCAAGCUCCCCCAGCUCGAGUUCUCAAACCUCUUCUAGCCAGAAGAGAGAACUGAGAAAAUCAACUAGAUCUCCAGGUAAGGUGGAUGUUACAGAUGCUUCAGUAACUGGUCUUUGGUUUUUUGUAAGCAGGAUUAUGUGUGUGAUAUUGGCAGGCGUGUUGCAGUGGCUGUGGCUCAGUGAAUAGUUUGUUCUGUUCUGGGGGUUUUUUCCUGGCUUUGUCAUUGUGUCAGUAUAAUGCCUGCCAAGGAGACCAAGCUUGUUCCUAUAUUGGAUUGUGUGAAUGACUCUGCAACUCAUUUCAAAAGGGGAUGUUGGUUGAUCUCAGCCAUUUCACUCCUCUGGAGUUUUCCCCACCCACUUUGUAGUUUUUACAGUUGCUUAGUACAAUGACCUUUUUGCACUCAUGCUAUGCAGGGUAGAACUUUGUUGCAAAUUCAGCUGUGACCGAGGUUCAGGGGAGAUAUUCUGCUGUUUCCCUGCAGUAUUGUUGCCAAAGGUAGACCUGAAGUAUUUGCAAUAGAGUGUUGAUGAAUUGCGGGGGUGGGGGGGUGGGGUUAUUGGUUCCAUUUUGUAUCUUUUGGGUUUUUUAAUUUUGUAUUUUUAUGUCGUGAACCGCCCUGAGAUGGAUGGAUGGAGGGCGGUACAGUCGUACCUCAUGUUAAACAUUUUAAGGUUAAACAUUUCAAGGUUUCGCCGCAUGCACAGAUGCUCAAAAUGAUGUCGCUUAUGCGCGGAAGCGCCAAAUCGCGACCCGCGCACGUGCGGACGCGGGUUGCAUUCGCUUCAGGAUGCAAACAGGGCUCAGGAACAGAUCCUGUUUGCAUCCAGAGGUAGCACUGUAUACCAAUUUAAUAAAUAUUACUACUACUACUAAUAAUAAUAACGAGCCACUUGCUUUUUCUCCCCCUCUUUAGCAUCGUCUGCAGAAGCAGGAAGCUCCAGGAAACCUCCAGCCAAAUCUGAUGUGGCGGAACAACCACCCAAGAAGUCGGAGCAUCCACUGCAGACAAAUCCUGGCCACCAGGAGCCGUCCAAGAAGGAGGCCGCAAUGCGGGAACAAGGAGACCAGCAACCUCCAUCCAAAUCUGAUGUGGCAAAACAACCACCCAACAAGUCAGACCAUCCACUGCAGACAAAUCCCAGCCAUCAGGAGUUGCCCAAGAAGGAAGCAGCAAUGGAGGAACAAGCAGACCGGCAACCUCCAGCCAAAUCUGAUGCGGCAGAACAACUACCCAACAAGUCAGACUAUCCACUGCAGACAAACCCUGGCCAUCAGGAGCUGCCCAAGAAUGAGGCAGCAACGCAGGGACAAGGGUACCGCCAACGUGAAGAUCAGUUGCACUUCUCAUUGACACCAUUUGUAGAACAAAGUGUCAUGCACGCCCUGUCGCUGCUGCAGUCUGGAGGCACAGUGGGUGCUGGACUCACCCAAGGAACAAGCUUGCCCCCACUUCCUGCUUUGCAGAUCGAAGCAGCAUCCCUAUCCCUUGUCUCCAUGAUGCAGCUGGUUGCAACACAGGUGUUGCAAGCUGCCUUAAGUGUGCAGGAAAGCCCAAGUGUGGCUGGCUCAAGCCCCCAGUUAAGUAUUCCUGCAGGAAGCGAAGAAAAGAAGCAGGAGAGCAGUCAGGAAGUGGUGCCAGGAGUCGUUCCUCCUUGCUCAGGUGAGGAGUUGUCGGGAAGGGGGCUGAGGGUGGGUCUGGCUGUAGAGGAAGGUUGUUCUGUGUUGGAGAUAUCCGUCAAGACUUGCACAGUCCCUGCUCAGGUUCAGGACUGCCCUGAGAUCCAGCCGGCUUCUCUGGUAGUGGUGAACACACCUCUGCUGUUGCUUCUAGGGUGCAGGGAUCUCUUCUGCAAUCCGUUGGUCCGGGCGACUGGUUCCUUUUGUGGCAUACCGAAUACACAAUGA